GGCAGCGUGUGAAACUUUAGUUCUUCUUGAAAAAUCGAAUGUGAAACAUACUCAUAUUUUGUGAAUUUGUUCAAGUGUUACAUUUUAAAGUGCAAAGAAUUCAGAACGUGGCUCUGAUUUUGAAAACAUUUUUAAAUUUCCAGUUAUCAUCUUAAUAUUUGUGUAAAGAUUAAUAUCGCAUGGUGAAGAUGCGGUGGUGUUUAAUAGCACUGGUGUGUGUGGUCGCGGCGGUGUACGCCGACGACAAGAAGGAGAAAGACAAGGACAUCGGCACCGUGAUCGGUAUCGACUUGGGUACCACGUAUUCAUGUGUUGGUGUAUACAAGAAUGGCCGUGUGGAAAUCAUUGCCAAUGACCAGGGCAACCGGAUCACACCCUCAUAUGUGGCAUUCACUCAAGAUGGUGAGCGUCUCAUUGGUGAUGCUGCUAAAAAUCAGCUCACUACCAACCCUGAGAACACAGUAUUUGAUGCCAAGCGUCUAAUUGGUCGUGAAUGGAGCGAUACCACUGUCCAACAUGAUGUUAAAUUCUUCCCCUUCAAGGUGGUAGAAAAGAAUAGCAAACCCCAUGUCUCAGUUCUGACCUCUCAAGGUGAUAAAGUCUUUGCCCCAGAAGAAAUUUCAGCUAUGGUACUCACUAAGAUGAAGGAAGUUGCUGAAGCCUACCUUGGAAAGAAAGUCACUCACGCUGUCGUUACCGUCCCCGCCUACUUCAAUGAUGCCCAGCGUCAGGCCACUAAGGAUGCUGGAGUCAUUGCUGGCCUCAAUGUCAUGAGAAUUAUUAAUGAGCCCACUGCUGCUGCUAUUGCCUAUGGUCUUGAUAAGAAAGAGGGAGAGAAAAACGUACUUGUAUUUGACUUGGGUGGUGGUACCUUUGAUGUAUCCCUUCUCACUAUUGACAAUGGUGUCUUUGAAGUCGUUGCUACCAACGGUGACACCCAUUUGGGAGGUGAAGAUUUUGAUCAACGCGUCAUGGAACACUUCAUCAAGCUCUACAAGAAGAAGAAGGGCAAGGAUAUCCGCAAGGAUAACCGUGCCGUCCAGAAACUCCGUCGUGAAGUCGAAAAAGCCAAGAGAGCACUGUCCUCCAGUCACCAGGUCAAGAUUGAGAUUGAGUCCUUCUUCGAGGGUGAUGAUUUCUCUGAGACUCUUACCCGUGCCAAGUUCGAGGAAUUGAACAUGGAUCUCUUCCGCUCUACCAUGAAACCCGUCCAGAAAGUUUUGGAAGAUGCUGACAUGAAGAAGACCGACAUUGAUGAGAUUGUCUUGGUCGGUGGAUCCACUCGUAUCCCCAAGGUUCAACAGCUUGUCAAAGAGUUCUUCAAUGGCAAGGAACCCAGCCGAGGCAUCAACCCUGAUGAGGCCGUCGCUUAUGGCGCUGCCGUACAGGCUGGUGUGCUCAGCGGUGAACAAGACACUGAUGCUAUUGUACUUCUCGAUGUCAAUCCACUCACUAUGGGAAUUGAGACUGUCGGAGGUGUAAUGACCAAGCUGAUCCCACGUAACACCGUAAUCCCCACAAAGAAGUCCCAGAUCUUCUCAACAGCUAGUGAUAACCAGCACACUGUGACAAUUCAGGUGUACGAGGGUGAGCGCCCCAUGACAAAGGACAACCACUUGCUGGGUAAAUUUGACUUAACAGGCAUCCCACCAGCACCUAGAGGCAUUCCACAAAUUGAAGUGACAUUUGAGAUUGACGCCAAUGGCAUCUUGCAAGUAUCGGCCGAAGACAAAGGUACUGGAAACCGUGAGAAGAUCGUCAUCACAAAUGACCAGAACAGAUUGACACCAGAAGACAUUGAGAGGAUGAUAAAGGAUGCCGAGAAGUUUGCAGAUGAUGACAAGAAACUAAAGGAGCGAGUAGAGUCCAGAAACGAACUGGAGAGCUACGCCUAUUCAAUCAAGAACCAGCUCCAGGAUAAAGAGAAACUUGGUGCUAAGGUCAGCGAUGAUGACAAGUCCAAGAUGGAGGAAGCUAUCGACGCCGCAAUCAAGUGGCUUGAAGACAACCAGGACGCGGACUCUGAAGACUACAAGAAACAGAAAAAGAGUCUCGAGGACGUGGUCCAACCGAUCAUCGCGAAGUUGUACCAAGGCCAGGGUGGAGUGCCACCGCCCGGCGCGGGAGGCGACGACGAGGACUUCAAGGACGAGUUGUAACCAAACAGACUGUAAAUUGUGUGAUCAUAGCCAAAUGUGAUCUCUAUAAGGUCACCACAGAUUAUGUAUAGGGUGGAUAUUUCACGUUAUACAUAGCCUGUACGAACCAUGGAUUGGAGGUGUUUAUUUAGUGUUGUGUAUAUUUAUUGUGUGAAUGCAGCGGUUGUCGGUGUGCGGCGAGCGUCACACAGGGUCGAGAUCUGUUCGAGUUUCUGUCGCUGCGCACGCAGUGUGCAAGGGAUGCGCGCAUGUGUGUUGUUAUUGUGUAUAUUAAUGCAUUUUUAUUUGGAAAGCAAUAGUUCCGUGUAUGAAUUGUGAAGGCCUGUAAUCCACGACACUCUGUAUCGGUUCCAUCGUCUUCCGCGAGUUGUUUUUAGUCACCUCGAUGAAUCGAUUCGGUCUUGGUUCUCUAUAGAGACUUACCUCAGUGUUCUUUAUUGUAUGUAUGUAAUUUGAGACUGCUGAAUUGUUAGUUCUUAAUUAGCAGAAUAAUUAUGUAGUAAUAUUUCAAUUGAAGUACGCAGGAGUACAUAAUAAAACAUUUUUUUAUUAAAA